UCGGUCGUGCGCAUGUGGCGGAAAGUUGCUGGUGGCAGGCAGCAGCAUCAUGUCUGUGUUUAUGGAUUUAAACCUGAGCUACACGGCGGAUAAGAGCAGACUGCAGAGUAUGAUAGAGACGGCGGCUCACCUCGGUUUCUCCACAGUCGCCAUCAACUACGUGUUUGAGCCCACGACCAAAAAGAAACAGGAGAUCCCCACCCCAACACCGAUCAAUGAGCUGAUCGAUCAACUGCCCAUCGUGCAGGGUCGCUCUCGUCCAAUCAGAGUGCUGAACAGACUGACGGUGGUGAUGUCAGACUCCAGUCACUUCAGGCCGAACGCUGCAGAGUAUCGGAGUUUCGACCUUCUGGCCGUCCAGCCCACCACAGAGAAACUCUUCCAUGCUGCCUGUAUGUUGUAUGAUGUCGACAUCAUCUGUAUCUCAGUCACAGAGAAACUUCCCUUCUUCUUCAAGAGAGCACCAGUGAACGGGGCUGCAGACAGAGGUCUGGUGUUUGAGGUCUCAUACGCCGCCGCCAUCAGAGACUCCACCAUGAGACGUUACACCAUCGCUAACGCCGUCAGUCUCAUGGAGACCUGUAAAGGAAAGAGUGUGAUCCUGUCCAGUGCAGCAGAGAAGGCUCUGGAGCUCAGAGGUCCGUACGAUGUCGCCAACCUAGGUUUGUUGUUCAGUUUGUCAGACGGAGACGCCAAAGAAUCCAUCUCCUCCACCUGUCGCUCAGUUCUGCUCCACGCAGAAACCAGGAAGACGGCCAGUGGGAUCAUCUACACCAUGAAGAGCUGCGGUGGCUCGUCCGGCCAGCAGGAGGCGCCACCACGCUGUGACCACGGUGAAACUCCUGCUGCCAAGAGACACAAACCUCCCACUGAUUGACAGCUGAGGAGGGCGGGACCCGGGGAACUCGUCUGACGUCUGAGUUUUGAUGUUUUUUGUUUCUUUGUUUGUUUUUUUUCUAAUAAAAUUCGAAGAAUCUC